UAAUUGAAUCUGGUUUACAAUUAAUAUCGUCAAAAGUUUCAGACCUGAUAAGAGACUGAGAGUAGGAAAGUCUUUAUAAAUACCCGUGACAUGCUUGUCUCAAAGAGUGUAAUAAAAACAUAUCAACCUAAAUUACAACUUACUCCUCUCAAUCUCUCUGCCUUUGUUUCCUCAAUCUCCCUCAAUGGAAAGUAUUCCAAAACAUAUUAUUCCGAAAUACAAUUUUUUUGCCGAUAGUCCAAGAUCACCCCUUCAACCUCCCACAUAUGGGAAUUUGAUUACUGUACUUAGCAUUGAUGGAGGGGGUAUCAGAGGGCUGAUUCCAGGAACUAUACUUGCCUUCUUAGAGUCCCAACUUCAGAAGCUGGAUGGUGAGCAGGCAAGAUUGGCAGAUUAUUUUGAUGUCAUUGCUGGGACUAGCACUGGUGGCCUCGUGACUGCCAUGCUCACUACCCCAAAUCCAGAAGUGGGGAAUCGCCCUCUUUUUGCUGCCAAAGAUAUCAUAGAUUUCUAUCUUGAACACUGUCCUAAAAUCUUUCCCCAAGAUAGUUCUCCCUUUGCACCAGCUGCAAACGUGGUCAAGUCUCUAAUGGGACCCAAAUAUGAUGGUAAAUAUCUUCAUGAUAUUGUGAGGGAAAAGCUGGGAGAAACUAGAUUGCACCAGACCCUAACAAAUGUUGUGAUCCCAACUUUUGACAUCAAGCAACUCCAGCCAAAAAUCUUCUCCAGCUAUGAGGUGAAGAGCAAUCCUUCCAAAGAUGCUCUGCUCUCUGAUAUAUGCAUUGGAACUUCUGCAGCUCCAACUUAUCUUCCUGCCCAUCAUUUUCAAUCCCAAGAUUCUACCGGUAAACCUAUAGAAUUCAAUCUAAUUGACGGUGGAGUUGCUGCUAAUAAUCCGGCUUUAGUUGCUAUAAACGAAGUGAGCAAAGAAAUCCUUCGAGGGAAUCCUGAAUUUUUCCCAAUAAAGCCAACUGACUAUGCUCGGUUCCUGGUUGUAUCUUUGGGGACUGGUUCACCAAAAUCUGAAGAGAAGUACCAUGCUAAUCUAGCAGCCAAAUGGGGUAUUUUGGGAUGGUUGACCAGUGAGCACUCUACUCCCUUGGUGGAUAUUUUCAUGCAAGCAAGCAGUGACAUGGUCGACUUUCACAUUGCCACUCUUUUUCAAGCCCUUCAAUCUGAAGAUAGUUAUCUCCGAAUUCAGGAUGAUACACUCUCCCAGCAGAUGUCAUCUGUGGAUGUUGCUACGAAGGAAAACUUGGAGAAUCUUGUAAAAGCUGGGGAGGAAUUGCUAAAAAAACCUGUUUCCAGAGUGAAUUUGGAGGAUGGCAAAUCUGAGCCAGCAGGUACAGCAACAAAUGAAAAGGCUCUCAUCAGAUUAGCAGAAGCUCUUUCCAGGGAGAAGCGGCUUCGUGACAUGAGAUCGCCGAGUGGAAACCUUGCUACAAAUCAGAAAAAAGAGGAAUGUGCUCAGAAUAAUUCUACUUCUAAACUUAAUUAGUUAAAAAUCGAUGGCCUUCGAUGCAAAUUUUGCUUCCUUGUUGUUUCUUUGAUUUUUCCCUUUGCUCCCUUCAAUGGGCUUGGGAGUGAUAAGUCAGUAUAUUUAUAUAUGCUGCUAGCCUACUGCUAUUCAUUAAUGAAAUUUGUUAGCUUAAUUGCUUCUUCAUUGGAGUAGCUUAGGCUUUGGUGUAUUGUUAAUAACUUUGCAAAAGUAAAGUAAGAUCCUUUUACCUUCCA